CAAGCGAGCAUCCGAGCCUCCUCCGCCCAAUCACCCACCAUGGACAGCCUCCAAGAAAAAGUGGCUUCGGACGCGCUUGCCUGAGAAUUCCGCACAAAAGAGGCGCUCAAAAUGAAGACCCUGAUGCACCAUGGUCUGGCAGUGUGUUUAGUGCUUACUACCAUGUGCACCAGCUUGUUGCUCGUGUACAGCAGCCUGGGCAGCCAGAAGGAGCGGCCCCCGCAGCAGCAGCGGCAGCAGCAGCAGCAGCAGACGAUGACUGCCAGCAGCGCACAGCCAGUGGAGAGCAGUCCCCAGCCACGGAGAGCCGCCCCCGCUGGACCCCGGCAGCUGGAUGGAUACCUCGGUGUAGCCGAUCACAAGGUGACAGCUUGUGCGCCAUCCUACCUGCCCUGCCGCUCGGGCUGA